ACAGCAGAUGCAGGGAGGGGAGUGAAUGUAAAAGGCUAGGAGGAGGAGGAGGGGGGAUGGUGAGCACCAGAUUGUACCUCUGAGAGGGGAGCAUCUGUCACUCUCCAUCUUGCUCCUACCCCAACCACUGCUGGUUCUGCUGCAUCUCUGACUCCCAGCUUGGCUGCGACUGCAAGUAAAUAACAAUGGGAGCAAAGCUAAGUAAGAAAAAGAAGGGAUACUGCCUUGGUGCUGGUAAAGAUGGAGAGUCGACAGAGACGACUGAAGUAGAACAAAAAGAAGCUGAGAAUCAAGAGGGACAAAAAGAUGCAGCAGAACCAAAGGGAGAAAAAUCUCCCACGGACCAAUCUCAGAACAAUGGUGUAAAUGAGGGACCGAAAGACAGAAAGUCUGAUGCAGAGAUUACAACUGGUGAAACAACCAAAGAUGAGUCAAACCAAGACCAAAAGCCAGAGAUCAAAUCAAGUACAGAACAAGAGAAGGUAGACAAGAAUGACCAACUGCAAGGUAAAAAAGAACAUGAUGAGGGUAAAACGGCUGCCCCAGAGGAGGCAUGUGAAAAGGAAAAAGAGGUAGAAAGUGCAUCUGAGGAUAAAAUUAAAACCGAACGUGAAGCGAAGGAAACUCUGACAGUUGCUGCAGAUAAGCCAACUCAGGAAUCCAAACUGGUGAAAGACUGUAAACAGCCUCAUUCAUCUGAGACCAAGCAAUUGAACCCUGUGCAGGAUGAAGCAGAGGUCAAACAGGUAUCAGAACCAGUGGCAAAGGUGGAAGCAGAAAAGACUGAGAAAGCUCCUGUGCCUUUGGAGACAGAAGUCCACAUCUUGAAAAGAGCUGCAGAAGUGCCUACACAGGCUAACCAGUCUGUUGUAGAGCCAGAAAAACUGGAAAAAGUGCCUGAGAAAGUGGAACCAUCCACCCCUGAAAGUGUGCGUGUAGAGCCUGUGUCUGAACCAGUUGUGGAGGCUGUAGUGCCAGAGCCUGUCAUUAAGACAGAGGUAGUAGAAGCCACAUUUUCGAAACCUGUCCAGUUAACAGAAGAAAAGGUGGAUUCUGCAUUGCCUAACUCUGAUCCCACUUUAGAGCCAGUGCAUUCUGUGUUACCUGAACCAGUAGCAGAACCAGUGGAGCCUGCAUCAAAAGAGCCUCAUCUAGCACCAGAACCUUCACUGGUCCCGGCAACACAACCAGAGCCUUCACUGGUCCCAACACCGAAACCAGUUAAGUCUGCAUUGCCAGAGGCAAACCCAGAGAUAAAAGUCGAGGAAGCUGUUUCUGAGCAGCCUACUGCUCUUCAAGAACCAGAGAAAGACCCAGAACCUGUGCUUAGUCCUGCAUCUGAAAAUAUAGGUGAUGCUAAGCAUGAGCAAGAAUUAACUUCUGCACCACUGCCACCAAAAUCAUCUGAUGUGCCUGAUGAAACUGCUGAGGCUGAAAAACUCACUGAGAACCAGGAAUCAUUAGGGUGUGGUGAUCAGGGCAUAGAUGUAGUUACAAUUGAGGUACCUAUUAUUGAAGCUGCUUCUAUAAAGCAGCCAUCAGAGAUCUCGGAGCAACAUGCUGCUACUGAGGCUCCUGUAUUACAAAAUGGACCUUCAGAGAACUCUGCAGAAGAUUACCCUGUAGAAGCCCAUCCUAUCUCAACAGAGCUGAAGGUAGAGAACAAAGAAGAACAAAAAGAGGUUGUGGAAGAGAAUGGUGACUUAGAUAAGCAGUCAACACAGCAGGAAAGUCAGGUGGUGACAGAUUGUAGUGCUCCAAUAGAUGUCUUGGUGACUUCAAAGAAUGAAAAGGGCUACACAACUGCACAGGAUACCCAUGAUGCAUCUCAACACUGCAAUUCCGAAGACAAAACUGAAAACCACGACUCCUCUGCCGAAGAAGUAAAGAAUGAAAACAAACCACCUGCUCCAGAGAUCUUGGAAAAACAUGGUGUCGGAAAUGGUUUACCUAUCAAAGAAGAAAUUAAGGUUCAUCUAGAGAACAACUGUGACAAAGACCUUCAUGACCUCAACGGGCCUAGCGAAAGUCAUGAGAUUCAAGUAUGCAAUGAAUAAACGCAUGGAUAUGUUUUUUCCUGGUUCAAAUGGUGAAAUAAUGCAAAACAUCCACGAUCUAAACUGUCUACAUUGUCUGUGACCAAAUUGUUCAUGAAAGUUUUAAAAAAGUUUGGAAGUAACAUUCAAAAUCGCACCCCGACCAAAUCUUUUACUAUUGACUGAUCUAUUCGGAAUCUGCCAAAUUUAAUAUAUCUUAUCUUAUGCAAGUUCCCAAGAUAUUUAUAGAUAUCCAUGUUUUCUAUCUGCUCAUUGGACAUAUUAAUGUUCC